AUGAUUCUGGAGGAUCUCCCGACUGUUAUCGAUGAAGUUGGCGGCGCACAGAAUCUCCUAGCUGCAAAGGUGAAUACGCAAGUGUUUGACUUUUUCAACGAGGUCCAACCAGUCCAAGCUUACUACUUCAAGAUCGUUCUCCACGACUGGUCUGACGAAAGGGCAACCACAAUUUUCAACAAUCUGAAACCCGCGAUGAAACCCGGAUUCUCGAAAAUAAUCAUGGAGGAAUUCAUCCUACCCGAUCAAAACGCCAGCACCCUCCCCUGUACAACGGAUAUGACUGUGAUGGUGUUUUGCUCGGGUUUAGAGAGGACGCGUCAACGCUGGGAAAAUCUGCUAGCAGCAAAUGGUCUACGGGCGAUAAAGUACUGGACACGCCAGGGAGAGGGUCUUGGAAUCAUUGAGGCCGAAUUCGCGGAGUGA